GAGCACCAGGCUUCGAGUCUGUUCAAGGAUCGCCUAAGCUCCUGACCUUGUCCUAUCUGAACAAAUCUGGUCUCAAAAGCCGAACAAAGGAACCCGGCCGGACAAGCCUCGGGCUUGUCCAGAUCAUCUCCAAAACGAGUCCGCUUCCGUUAUAGUCCUCCGACAAGUGUCCUCCGAAUCUAAUGAGAGUAGCCGCUAAGAUCGACUGUUGAGGUCGACUUGGGGACACCGAUGGAGGCGCCGGCGGCGCUGCCGAGCUCCUCCGUUCUCCCCCGCCGCCUUCGAGGUUUUCUUGACGACCAUUUCAAGGCCCUGGAGGACCUCUCCACGGCUCCAUCCCUCGUUGCCCGGCUGAAUCGAGAGUGCGGCGAUCUCGAAACCGAUCUCCUCCGCCUCCGGAAUAGGCUCUCCCUCGCCGCGUCCACAUGGCUCUCUCGCUCCGACGAGGUCCGAAGGACGCUACUCCUUCUCGAUCCCGGCUUCGAGGGUUCUAAUGCUCCCCCAUCUCGAGGUUCCCGCGGCCACAACCCUAAUUCCCCAGCUCCUCCAUAUGGAGAGGUGGAAGCGGGAUUGCCGAGUGCUGGGAGAAUCUUGCAGGUGGAAUUACCUUUGCUUGCAAAGGAAGUUGGUCGGAUCCAGACGGUUCGUAGCUAUGCUGAGACUACACUAAAGCUGGAGGCUCUGGUUGGUGAACUUGAAGAUGCUACAUUUGCUAUAGUGAGCCGUUCAAGAAAUGAUAUCCUUUUUAAUCAUUCAAAUGCAUCAAUUGCAUCUGGUUGUGGACAGAAGGAAGGAAAGCUACUGCUUGCUAUUAAAAUCCUGAACAACAUAGAGGAAAUUCUGGCAAUUGUUGCACGUAGAAGACCUUUAUGGAACCGUCUAGUCAUGGUUGUUGAUUCUAGAGUAGAAAAGACAUUUUCUGUUUUGAGGCCUCAAGCUCUUAUGGAUCAUCGAGCCUUACUUGCAUCUCUUGGGUGGCCUCCAUCCCUUUCGACAUCUGGCUUAGAAAGGGACAAAAGCUUGGAAAUUCCAAACCCCCUAGUGCUGAUGGAAGGAGAAAAGAAAGAGAGAUAUUCUCAAAGCUUUAUAGAGCUAUGUGCUUUGCAGCAUUUGCAAGCUCGACGGGAGGAACGGCUACUUGGUCUUCUAGAAAAUCAGAAGGGGCAUAAGCUAUUAGGUCGUACCAGUUUGGACAGACAAACCUGUGAUUAUAGUCUUUGGACUAUCGAUGAGCUCGUGCGCCCUAUUGCAUCAAGGAUGGAAUUCCAUUUUUCUAGAUGGUUUAAUGAACCAAAAUUCAUUUUUGCACUUGUUUACAAAAUAACUCAUGAUUUUAUGGAUGGAGUGGACAAUGUUUUGCAGCCUUUGAUUGAUCAGGCAAGACUUGUAGGUUCUAGUGCGAGAGAAGCUUGGGUGUCAGCAAUGGUCAAAUUGCUUACCAAAUAUUUAGAAAGGCAAGUGCUUCCUAUUCUUGCUAAAACUUAUGAUGCCAGAGAUGGAAACAUGGAGGUCAUUUCAGCGUGGCUUCAGUUGGUUGACCUUAUGAUUACUUUUGAUAAGCGGAUGAAAGUUCUUGCAACCUCGGUAACUCCACUCAUGGGGCCUCUUUCAGCGUUUGAGGGAUUUUCAAGAUCAUUGCCGAUAUUGUCAAUAUUUAAGGAACAUUCCAAUUGGCUCCGGACAUGGGCUGAGAUAGAGCUCAAGGUUGCUGAUGACAAACUAAAAUCUGAGUUGGAGGAUAAGAGAAGUUGGUUCAUUGAUUUUGGAAUGCAAUCAGAGUUUUCCCAUAACAAAGAAGCUGAGUCAUUCCUUCUUUCCACUAGAGAAGACUAUAAAGCUCCACCUAUUGUAGAUUCUGUUAUUAAAAUUGCAUGGUCUAUGAUAGAAAGGGGUCAAGCUUUACCAAGUAAACCAAUGAAAGCUCAAUUUAUUAGGUGUUCUGCAAACAUUUUCUUAAAACAUUUCUUCAACAUCUUGUUUGAACGCUGUCAAAAUAUGAAGUUCAUGGCAGCUAGCGUAGAGGAUGAUGAAUUACUGAGAAUUGCUGGUGCAGUAAAUGCUGCCCGGUUUUGUGAAUCUGUUAUCCGUGAAUGGAGUGAGGAUGUUGGCUUCUUGGAGAUGAGUGCUGUUGAAGAUGACCAGAAAGGAAUCUGCCAACACUCACAUGGUUCCUUUUUUGAAGAUGAAAUCAAUUGUCUUGUGAAACUGGAGACUGAUUGUCUUGAGGAGACACUGUCUGCUCUUCUACUGGAAUUUGAUGCUCUUUGCUGGUGUUAUGUUCAGAACAUUGAACAGUGGGAAGGUGAAAAUAUUGAAUCCAAAGACCAGAUGUUAGAUGAAGAAAGUAUGACUGUCUCGCUUGGGUUUGUUGAAGCAUUAGACAUGCUGAAAGACCGUAUCAGCAUCUUGAGGUUAAAUCUUAAUUCCCAGGACUUUCUGGAUCUAUGGAGAAGCAUUGCAGGUGGUCUUGAUCAUUUCAUUUUCAGAAGCAUCCCUUUGAGCGGUGUUAAAUUCUCUUGCCAAGGAGUUAAUCAAUUCAGAACUGACAUGGAAGCACUUUUGCUUGUUUUUAGUUCAUUUUGUGCUAGGCCUGAAGCUUUUUUUCCAUUCACAAGUGAAUCUUUGAAGCUUCUAACCAUGCAAUGUAAAGAUGCAGAUUUUCUGCUUGAAAUGCUAUCAAAGAGUGAAAGUGAAAAGGAAGAGUGCCUAAGACUCCUAGGGUUGUCCCAUGUAACCAUUAGUCAAGCUGAACUAAUCAUGAGGAAUAGGAAAUUUGUCAGUUGAUAACUGGAGGAGAAAAGAUGGUGUUUCACUUUGUGGCUUUUAUGGGUUCCUCAACUAAAUCAUGUCAUUUAUCGAACUUCAAGUCUUUUCCACAUAUAGAAAGAUUAAAAAUUUCAACCA